GCGUCAAGCUCGUGCGGGUGCGGCAGGACGAGCCGCUCACUAAGGGCGUGCUGAGGGUCUUGACGCACAAUCAUGAUGCGGGGCUGGAAGAGGUCGUGCAGGAUCCCACGGAGGCCAUCGCGGACGCGGAGGACACGGAGAGGAUAGGGCCGCCGCCGCCUUCACCGCCCGCGAGCGAGGGUCACGAGAGCAUGCCCAUCCCCAUCCCGCGCAGCGCCUCGCCACAGCCCAUCGACGCCAGCAUACCGCUCUCGACAUCUCCCGAGGCUGUGGGUAGUUUGUUAACAAACCCUAAUCCGAGUGCGAGCGAGAAGGGCAGCGCGCCUCCGCCCAGCGCAUGGGCGCCCGCGAGACCAGGGCACGCGAACAGCGACAGCGCUGCGAGCGUGACGUUCGACCUGCCCGCUCACCCGCGUGGCUCCUCAUCAUCCUACGCCACAUCAUCGGCAAACCCGAAACACAGCAGUCUGAACGCACACCCGCGGCACGCUAGCGAGCCCGACGACUCGCCGACACAGCCCAGGUUGGGAAGGUGGAAUACGACCGGUGGUACACAUACGGGUACGGGGAAGGAGGCGGCGAGGGACGCUUGUAGGGAUGGACGUGGUACGGCUGGAGCGGCUGGAGCUGCGGGGAGGACGAUGAGUAUGAGGAGUCUAGCUGGCGACGAGGAGGAUGGCGUUCCGGCUGCGCUUGCGGACGAUAUCCAGGCGCAGGCAGACCAGAUACGCCGGGAGAGGCACUCGAAGAGGUUACGAGGCGAGGGUGCUGCGGGAAGUACGUCGGACGAAAAGGCGGACAAGGUCGCCGUCGGCAACGUCAUUGGCGAAGGCCACGCCAACUACGUACUCAUGUACAACAUGCUCACCGGCAUCCGUAUCGCCGUCUCAAGAUGUCAAGCCAAGAUCGCCAGAGCCCUCACACCCGAAGACUUCAACGCCGCGCACAAAUAUUCCUUCGAUAUAAUCGGCAACGAACUCACGCCUUCGGCCAAGUACGACUUCAAGUUCAAGGACUACGCCCCCUUCGUCUUCCGCGACUUGCGCGAACGCCACUUCAGGCUCGACCCGGCCGACUACCUCCUGAGCCUUACAGCGAAAUACAUCCUCAGCGAGCUGGGCAGCCCUGGCAAAUCCGGCUCGUUCUUCUACUUCUCGCGCGACUACCGCUUCAUCAUCAAGACGAUCCACCACACUGAGCAUACAUACCUCCGCCGGAUUUUGCCGCGGUACUACGAGCAUGUCAAGAAUAACCCGCAUACGCUCGUUAGUAGGUUCUAUGGGCUGCAUCGGGUCAAGCUGCCGCGCGGUCGCAAGAUCCACUUCGUCAUCAUGAACAACCUCUUCCCGGCGCAUAAGGAUAUCCACGAGACGUACGAUCUCAAGGGAUCGACCGUCGGACGGCUGUACCCCGAAGACCGUGCGCGCGCGAAUCCGCGCGCUGUGCUCAAAGACCUGAACUGGAUCUCUCGCGGCAAAAGCAUCGAGCUCGGCCCCGAGAAACGCGCGCUCCUGACCGAGCAGCUGCGCCGCGACGCGGCCUUCCUGCGCGAAGUCGGCGUCAUGGACUACUCGCUCCUCAUCGGGAUCCACAAGCUCGAGCGCGGGAACCGCGACAACGUCCGGCGCAACACGCUCAAGGUGUUCUCGCCGGACGUGCCGCCGCGCGACGGGCAGGCCGUGCGGAGGCUGAUGCGGACUGCGCCGGCUGUGGCGAGUCUGCCUGAUCAUCUUGCCGCGAGCCCGGGCGCGCAGAGUUUGUUCUACCAGGACGAGGGCGGGUUGCGCGCGACGGACGAGAGGAAUAAGGAUCUGAAUACGAUCUAUUACCUUGGCGUCAUCGAUAUUUUGACGCCGUUUCGGUUCGCGAAGAAGGUCGAGGGCGUGUGGAAGGGGCUUCGUGCCGACCGCCACAAGAUCUCGCCGGUCCCGCCAGACGAGUACGCAGACCGCUUCGUGGCGUUCAUGAAAGCCGUCAUGCGCGGCGGAGGCGGCGCAACAGCCUUCGUAGCGUCAUCCGACGUUGGCCUCCUCCAACACCAACCCUCCGAAUCGUCCGCCGAUCCCUCUCCUAUCUCGCCCGACGAGCCGCCCAUUACACCUGGGCACGACGAGCAACAGAGUAUAGGCGGCGGAAGGGCCGAUGGGCGGCGCAGGACGAGCGCGGGGAGCAGGGCGAGCAGGCGGAGCGGGGACGGGAGCAGUAGUGGGCGGCGGAGCGGCGAGGGUGCGCUUGCGAGUCCGCGGGGCGCGGCGGGCGCGAGGGGAGGGUUCGGCGGGAUGAGAGAGCCUGCGGAUCCGAGGGGCGGGUAUGGCGAGGUUGCCGCUGCUGCUAUGGCCACGGGCGCGCCUAUGCCCGAUAAUAUGACGCACGGCAAUGGCGCGGCGCAUCCGAAUGGGCAUAAGGGGUUCGAGAAGCUGCAUGGGGAGAGGAUGCCGAGCGGGGAUGGGUUGCUGGGGAAUGGGUAUGGGAAUGGCGAUGCGGAGGUGUUUACGAGCGGGGCGAAUGUGAGGAGCGGGGCGCAUUGGAAGGCGGAUGGGCCGCAGAGGAGGGAGUAUAUCCGCCGGUGGUCAUGA